AUGAAGGUGUAAUUAGCAAUUUAGUGUAAGUGUGCGCGUACACGUUAUGUCGGCGUGAGUUGGUAGAGGUGUCGAGAGUGUGAUCAGCCCGAGACAGCGGCAAUCGCAACCUCUGACCAUCUUUGCGUGCUCGUUUCCCGGAGUUCACGACAUCUGUACACACCACUGAUGAUAAAGCUUCCGAACAGCCAGAAUUCGUGCUUCUGUGCGCGAGGGUCGUAUCCGUACAACACCGGGACGCAGUACAGGAAGUAGCCAUGUCCCAAGCAGCCAGGCGGAUUUCUGUAUGAUUACUGUGUACACCGUGUCAGUUGUGCUAUUGAAGAAGAGAAUUCAAACAACGCAUGCAUGUGCGUAUGGUCGAGAAGCGGAAUGUCUUUGAAUUUUUUCUUUUUGGGCAGAGACACUGACAAGGGAUCCGAUCUCCGGUCAACUGCAAUGGCUUGUUUUCAUCUGACCUCCGAAAAUACUGUUCAGAGCGAGGGUGUUCAGUGUUGUUUUGUUGGCAAUUGCGCUGAUUUUGGUUUGCCAGAAAAUAUCUCGAUCCCUGCAGGAUCAAAAGGAGCCGCCCAUGCCUCUCUACCGUGACCUGUUCGUCCAAGACACCUGGCCAGGUGUGGAUCUAAGUCUCGGCCUGUCGCUGGAAGGGCUGCCUCGGACAGUGUACUAUCUGUGGUGCGGUGACAAGCAGUUCCUCUUUCGACACUACCUUGUUCUCCUCUCCUCCAUCAGGAUUCUUCGAGCCUCAAAGAUAAUCUUUCUGCACGACCAUCUGCCUCAAAACGACGGCAACCUCUACAACACCUGGUUUGACGAGUUCAAAUACUCCGUCCCCAAUUUCCAGCUGCUUCAAGUCUCUGCUACUUGUGGGAGAAAAGACGCGCUGAAGGCUGUGUUGGAGCUCUUGCCGACAGAAGGAGGAAUUGUUCUGGGCGAAAAUGCCCUUAUUCCUCGUCUGCCGACAGGAAUAGAACACAUGCCGUUAUGGUUGGCCUUGUCUGGCGAGGACGUCAGUCGUGGAGUGCUGAUCGCGCAGCGUGGCUUCAACAACACAAAGUCACAUGACUAUCUCCGUGACGUCAAGACAGCCAAAGCCUCUUGCGUCACAGCGGAGCAGUACACGGCGCCUGUUGACGACAUUCAUUGCAUCAUAGUCGACAGUGACGUACAUCCCCGUGACGUGUGGCAAGGGCAGACGCCGUUCGCGGAGCUGGCUCGCUGGCUGUAUUACGGCAGGCGCUCCCCGAUACUUGCACUUCCUGACCCCAGCCGACCCAUCCCGCGUAUCGCGCACUACGUGUGGCUGAAGGCUGACCCCUCAGCCACUGACCGUGACCUGCCCUUCUCCAAGUUCCUGAGCAUGAUCAGCGCCCUCUACGUCGGGGGCUUUCAACACGUGUAUGUCCAUGGCAACGUGGAACCUGAAGGCGAAUGGUGGCGACAGUUACGCUCGGAGAACGUCACCUUCGUCAGAACUGAGAGGCCGAGUUCCAUGUUCCAGAUGGACUUUCCUAUUCUUCCGGCCAACAGCGACCUCCUCAGAGCCAUCUUUCUCUUGAAUUACGGUGGAGCCUACAUGGACACUGACGCCGUGUGGACGAGUCGGGUGCCGGACUGGCUGCUACACUACCCGGUCGUGGCCACGUUCGACUGGCCAGCCUAUAACUCCUGGCCUGACUCCUUCAACCUGGGUGUCAUCAUGGCCCGACCUCAGGCUCCCUGGUUACGUCAUUGGCUGACCACGUUUCGUCACUACCGGCAGUCACAUACAGCUUUCACGGCCAUCCAGUUGCCAUACCGGGUGUAUGAACACUACCCGACGAGCUGUACGUCUAUACGCGUUUACAGGUGAUAUGCUUACGAUGACAUAUGCCACCCGACGUGGGAGAAGGACUUCCGGCGAGACAUAAACGACAGAAAAUCGACUCUGCCGUUCAACGUCACAGAUGUACACGCCAUGCACGUGACCGCUCCAAAGCCGGCUGUGUCAUGGGAGACUCCUAAGACACUAAAGGAAGGGACUGACUUCAUUGCGGAGGUCGGCCGCCAUGUCCUCAAGCAAUGUGGCAGGAUGGACCUGUUAUCGUGACAAACUGAAUUCGGCAGCUUCAUCCUUUAAGAAGUAAUUAUGUUACCAUGACAGUCACUUUUUUUUCGAGGACGUGGCGGGAAGAAUAGACUGUGUACGUAGCUGUGUCCUUGAGCUGUUUCUGUCAAUAUGUUUGCUUGUGAUGAAUGAGUCACGAAUUACACAUUUCAGGAAAGGGGUCGUACUCAGUAUGAGAGACUGGCAGCGUCAUUCAGGCCACACUGUUUAUCUCGUGAAUUCGGUGAAAUCACUGGGAUGAUAGUCUACUGGUCCGGCCCAGACUUCAAGCCUCGCAGCUGUGAACACGGCGGACACAUAAUUGUGCGGCGACUACAUCAGAAGACCAGCCAGUAUUUUUGCUCGGGAACCUCAACCACUGUGACGUUAGUGAGCAGCUUCCCUGUCUCUAUCUCUACGUCACGUGUCCCACAGAACCGCUUGACAAAUGUUUUGGUAAAGUGCCGGACACACUUUUUAAGUGCCGCCCGCCACUUGGCACAUGCUCUGCUACACACAUACAGACAUAGAGGACAGUCAAGCCAGGGUUAUUUAAAGUGCUUCGUGUUGUUGUUGUUGUUGUUGUUGUUGUUGUUGUUGUUGUUGUUGUUGUUCCAGGCGGAGUUGCACGUGUGUCACUGCUCUUAAUAAAUUUUGCGAAGAUUGUU